ACCGGUGUUCGAUGCACAUUGCCGUUGUCCGUGUCUCUCGUGUGUGCGCCACGAGCGCGUGUGUAUAAUAAUAUAUUACAAUAAAAAAAAAAAAAAUAAUAUUAUAUGCGCGCCGUCAAACCACCACCGUUGUCGCCCUUUUGCGUUCGACAAUUAUACGUAAUAAGUUCCGACAAUUAAAACGGUUUCGAUUUUCGUCAUUUAUCGUCGUCGUGCAUUUCCGCCACUCAUCGUCCGGCACCAUUCGCGGUCUAAAAAUCGCGCGAACUGCCUCCCCGGGACAAAGUCCAGACGGUAAUACGUGACGUGUGCGGCUCCGGAGUGAUGACUUGACUACCCGCGAGGGGCCUUUUCGUGUCCGUUUUUUUUUUAUGUUUUAAAACAUUUUUUUUUUUUUGCAAACAAUCGGCGUGUUAGUAUUAUUAUUUUUGUGUUUUGAAAUUUUACGUUUUCAUUUUUUUUUGUCGAAAAAGAUCGUGUAGGCCGCGUGUGACAUGAAGACGGCUGUGCCCGUGAUAUACGCGCUCGGGUGUUUGCUGAUCGUCACGGCCCGCGCCUCCGUGGACAGCGGCAGCGGCAGCAGAGGAGCGCCCAAUGAGGCGUCCGUGACCAUCGUCGACGAUGAAACAGUGAUCACCACUAACGUUGAAGCUGUGGCCGGUAUGGUGGCAUAUUUACCGUGCAAUAUGACUCCACCUACUCCAAAUGAUCGCGUCACGUUGGUCAUCUGGUUCAAACAAGGACAGACCAAUCCAAUAUACAGCUAUGACGUGAGAACAGGCCCCGCGAAGACGGUGGCACCCAACACAAAGACACCGAACGGUCCACAGCAAAAGCCAGCCUCGGCUAUGGGCCCCCAUCGGUCCGAUGACAAAACGUUGGACGGUCGAGCAUACUUUCGCGUCACCUCACAACCAGCCGCACUCAUCGUGCAAGACAUUGGUGACAAGGAUGCAGCCGUGUACAAGUGUCGGGUCGAUUUCAAAAAGUCACCCACCCGAAAUUCCAAUGUCAAUUUGACUGUUAUACUGCCCCCGGACCGGCUGAGCGUGCUGAACGAAAAAGGCGAUCACAUACCGCAUUACAUACUCGGGCCGUACAAGGAAGGUGUGACGGUCGAUAUCACGUGCAUCGCAAGCGGAGGACGUCCGCCGCCCCGAGUUACUUGGUGGCAAGAGAACGCACUAAUCGACGAGACAUUCGAAACGCUACCGGACCGAAAGGUGAGAAACGUGUUGCGGUUAGAACGACUGGAACGCCGUCACCUCAGCACCGUGUUCACUUGUCAGGCAUCCAACAAUCACAUGGUGCCGCCCAUAUCGAGCUCCGUCUCGUUGGACAUGAUACUUCGGCCAUUGUCAAUUAAAUUGGUUGGAGAAAAUCGUCCACUAUCUGCAGACUCGCCUGUUAAUAUAAGUUGCCGAGUUACAGGUGCUAAACCACCGCCAAUCAUCACCUGGUGGAAAGAUGCCACCCAAAUGACAGAUGCCAAGCAAAUAACAAGUUCGGAUGGUAACGUAACUACGAGUGUGCUAACGUUUACUCCGGCGAUCAAAGACUCGGACAACACGUUGAGCUGUCGUGCAGAGAGUGGCAAGCCGGAUAGCGUCAACAAUAGACACAGCAAAACCGACGGUCGCCAAUAUCAAUCGGUCGACGUCGAUUCUUCUGAUGGAUGGAAGAUAAACAUAUUUCACGUACCAGUUGUUAACCUUGAACUUGGCAGCAACAUCAACGGGAGUGCAAUACAAGAGGGCAUGGACGUGUACUUUGAAUGUAAUAUCAAAUCCAACCCGUGGGUUUACAGAGUGACAUGGAGACACAACGGAAAGCUGCUAAACAAUAACCCGGCCGCUGGAACGAUAGUCAGCAAUCAGAGUCUGGUCUUGCAAAAGGUGUCCCGGAGCCGAGCUGGCAUAUACACGUGCGUCGGUAGCAAUCAGGAGGGCGACGGCGAGAGCAAUUCAGUUCCGUUGGAUAUUAAAUUCGCUCCAGUAUGUCGACCCGGACAGGAGACGGUGCAAGGGGUGGGCAGACGCGAAGCUGCCAAAGUUCUGUGCGAGGUGGAGGCUAACCCGUCGGACAACGUCCGGUACACGUGGCGUUUUAACAACUCUCGAGAAACGGUCGACUUGGAUCGUGAUCGUUACACGGAGGAGGGGCCGCGGAGUACUGCUGCGUACACGCCACUUACGCCACUCGAUUACGGGACACUCAUGUGUUGGGCAAGCAAUGAGUUCGGCAAGCAAACAGUGCCGUGCGUGUACCAGGUGAUAGCAGCCGGGCGUCCGGACAACUUGGAAAACUGUACGGUGGUAAACCAGACGUCGGCGUCGCUGGUGGUCCGGUGCCAGCCUGGUUUCGACGGCGGCCUCAGCCAGAGGUUCGUCAUGGAGGUAUAUGACCGUCACGGACAGUCGCUGGCCGGCAACGUGACGGCCGACCAACCGGCGUUCACCGUCGGCAGUUUACCGUCUGGCCUGGGAUUCGACAUCAGCGUCUACGCGUACAACAGUCGCGGCCCGUCCGAUCCCGUUCAGCUACACGCCUACACCCUCAAGUCGGCCGAGAAACGCACGGCGGUCACGCCCUCGGGAUUUCGCUUUCCGCCCAUGCUAACCGUGAUCGCCGUCGGCUGCGUCGCGUCUGUCGUAUCGGUCGCGUGUAUCGUGGCCGUGGCUGUGGCUGUACAGCGGAAACGGACUAGGCGCCGUCGUCGCGAACGGUCGAACGACGAGUCUAAAACGGCCAUCGAUAGCGGAACUGGAACAGGAACAGCAGCUGGAACCGGAAUUGGCGAUGGUGGCGGAAUCGAUGGCAGCGGCACAGGAGGAGGGAUCGAUGGAGGUAUAGGAGGAGGCGACGGUGGAGAUCGUCAUCAUCAACGAGCGGAUACCGUUGAUGACGGACUCGAAAAAAAUCCUGACAUCAUACCGCACGACAACGAUUACUUAGACGAAGACGAAAAGGCAUUUGAACGGUUAAACAGUGGCAGAAUAUACUCUUCACGAAUGGUCGACGCUGAAACAUGUAAACAACAAGCUCGCGGACUAAUGCCGCCACCUCCGUCGAUGACGCCACAACAACAGAUCUAUUCUUCGGACAUUGUCGGCGGUUCUCCUUCGGCCGGCGUCGUGUACCCAAACCUGAUGUGCCCAACGCCGCCACCGCCACCGUCGCAGCUGUUACUCCAUCAGCACUACCAGCAACAGCAAUUGCAGCAGCAACAGCAACUACAGCAACAGCAGCCCGCGGCCGCAUUGCACCACCUCCGGCACAACGGCGGUGGACCUCAGCACGUGCAAUACGUGCAGGUCGACCACCAGAACCAGUUUGCCAGCCACCCACACCAGCACCACCAUCUGCACCAUCAUCCCCUGCCGCCACCGCACUACCAGCCGGUCCCGCAGGCCCGUACCAUGACCCUUGGCCGGUACCACAACAACCACAAACACGGUCACAACCAACAGCAAGACCGGUCUGCCGAGAUACCGCUGUUGUUGGCCGCCCAACCUGGGCUCCAACACCAUCAUCAGCUCCACCAGCGCGAGAGCACGACCGACUUGACGGUGGACCAGCAGCUGCAGCAGAGGGGCGCUGGCGUACCAGUUUUCGGCAAACCGCCGCCGUCGACUGCGCCAUCGCAACAGCAGCAACAGCAGCAGAUCAUCGCAGCCACGCGGUUCUGACAGACGGACUUCGAGCCGAUUCCCGAGGACGAUUUGGUCAUGUUGUGAACUCGUCCCCCAGACAACCUCCACCGCGAUACGACGACGACCACAACUGCAACUGACCGUAUAUUAAACGCAUAGUAUACGGACCGCGGACAUUCGGCAAAUACGCCUGACGUAUUUUAAAAAAUAAUAAUAAAAAUGCUCGGGGGAUGAACGAAAAAAAAAAUGUUUUAAAUUUUUCUCAAAUUGUUUGAUAUUAUUAUUAUUAUUAUUAUGUUUUCUACUGUUGUUGUUGUUCGAUUUUCGUAACACGUCUCGCGCGCCGCUUUCAAUCAUACAAUAAUAUAACAAACCGUUCCGAUCGUGACGACAAUAUUAUACUAUAAUAAUAUAAUCAUUACCCGUACCGCGAUCUAAAUAUAACGCUUAACCCGAACAUUACCUAUAAGUGUACCUUAACUGUAUGCCUGCGGUUCCAUUCCGCGGUGACGCGCGAUCGCCGGCUAAUUUUCCGAAAAACCGAAUCGCCUUCGAUGUCCCCCCCCCACCCCCGCCGAACGGUCUCUGUAAGAUAUAGUUAGGGCAGCAUAAUAUCGUAAUAAUAAUAAUGUGGACACUCGACGCCCCUACCCUCUCCGUCACACGACCCCCUCGCCACCGACCAAUCGUCACGGAUGAAAAACGUCAUGUCGUGACGCCGCCGGCGGUGGAUCCGCGUAUCUGCGUAUACGGUCGUUAUAAAUUUUUCGGGGACACGAUAAUUAAUCACGGAAAACCAUCUCAAAGUAUAAUAAAUCCCGAAACUAUAUACGGGACAUCUGUUUCGUCGCUCCCGAAAACUCUUACGGGCACACUCAAAACAUCAUUAUAAAAGUUUCACCGUUGUAAUAUAAUAUAUUACAUUGUGUACGCGCGCGCGCUCGAGGUAAAUUAACGACAGUUAAUUUUUUUUUUUUUUUUUUACAAACAAAAACGCGCAAAAUGUCAGCCCAAUGUCGUCGAAAUUUCUCAACUUAAUGGUUUUUCUUUUUUCUUUUCCUUUUCGGCGUAGGCGAAUUACCACCACCAGGACGCGGCAGCCGAGCCCGCCGAGUCGUCCGAUAUUGUAAUAUUUUUUUAUAAUAUACAAUCGGCUCUGCCGGCUCGCGAUGACGUUUAACGACGUGCCCGUGUAUAUAUUACGAACAAUUAUAAUAUUAUGAUGUAAUAGUCGCGAUGCCGACGAGUUUUGCACGACGUUCGGGAGUGCGCCGCCGACGGUGCGGUGACGGAGUUGUUAUUUUUUCAUUUCAUCUAUCGAGACAAUCCAUAAUAUUAUGAUAUAUAUACAUCUCACACAAUCCAAAUCACGCUUUCGUUUUGUUUCCACUCGAUUUACGUGUUUUCAAUAUACACUCACCGGUGUACCUGUACCUCAUACGUACCUAUAUUUUAUCCGCCCGCGCCCGCAUACCCAGCCUAACCCGUUCAAUUAUUUCCACAUAGAACACGUCGUGUUUUAACGAAUUUUAAUAUUGUGUUUUUAUAAUAUUAACGAUAACGUGUACCACGAAUGUUGUAUAAAAUUAAUUUGUUCCUUACCGUUCGAUGCUCAAGAGUCACUCAAUCGACGUAAAUGGACACAAUGUUUUAUGUGUUGUUUAUGAAAUUGAGAGUUUUUUUCUGUUUUUUUUUUUCUGUUUGUUUGUUUGUUUUAAGUGUAAACUGUAUGAAUUUGAGAUUGUAAAUAUUAUAAUAUGUUGUAAAUUAAAACAGCUUGUGUGGUCACGAUGAUUUUGUAGACUCAUAAUCAUUGUCUUUGUAAUAUUGAACCAUUUUAAUCAUAUUAUAUAUUAUUAUUAUUAUUGAAUAUUAUAAUUAUAUACCUAUUAUUAUGUUUGACUUGUGUUACCUCUGAGAUAAUUUUCGUUAAGUUUUAAAGUAAAAAACAAAAAAAAACUCAUUAUAAUAUGUUACUGCGUACACUACAUUAUGAUAUACUGUGCUUUUGUCGUACUUAUAUAAUAGUUGUUAUAUAUGUGUCUAUUACGUGUAUUGAUACGCAACUUGUAAUGUAAAAUAUUUAUCUGUUAUUUUAAGAUAGGUAAAUGUAUGUAUAACAAAACACUUCCACGAUUACAGAUUCCCGUCAAUUUACGUCAAGAUAAUAUAUAUAUAUUGUAAUUAAAUAAUAAUAGCUAAGAAAAAAACUGUAUCGUAUAGCCGACAUUUAACCACUCGACUCUGAAAAUGUAUCGUCGCGUGCAUAGCUAUAAUGUUAUAUAUUAAAAAUGUCCUUCGCUCGUUUAUGGUUUUCCAUAAAUCGUAGGGACAACGAAUCGACAAGCCGUAUAAAAAUGUAAAAAUGUAGAAUUAAAUGUUUACUGUGUUAACUCAACUAGUUACUUGUAAAAAAAAAAAAAAGUUUCCUUAAAGGAAAACACGGAACGCGUUGGAAUGUUUAAGUGAACGAUAAUAAUCAAAUUGAUGCCGGGCGGCUAAUUAUAAAGUGUUUAUUCUCUGUAAAUAAAUUAGCAUUAUAAUAUUAUUAUUAUUAUAAUACGUUAUUAAUUUAUGUAUUUUAAUUUUUAAUGUAUGUUUUCUUAUUUAUGUUAAUUUAUAAGAGGGCUUUAAUAUUAUGGUUUUCUUGCUGUUUCGAUUUUUUUUUUUAUAUAUAAAUAUUAUAUAUUAUAUACAUAAAUUGCAAUAAUAAUAUGUUGUUUGGACUUCAAUCAUAUAGACGUGAACAAAACUUUUCUAUAGAUGUAUAAUUGCACCGUUAUUCGUCUUAAUACCGUUACAAACUGUUUACUUAGUAUACAAAACAUUUCAUAUUAUUUUCUAAUAUUAUGUUUCCAACGUAAACAAUAACGUUUAUUGUUCAUAUUUUAACAUUAUCCGCAGCGUUUCCGUUUUUAAUUCAGAUUUCAGCAUAAUAUUAUAUAUUUUUUUUAAAAAUUCAACUACUUAAAAAAUAUGUGUUAAAGACAAAACGAUUAAAAUUAACGCACCUUAUUAAAUUGUAUUAUUAACACGUACCUACAUAAUACUACGACGAUUUCUUUUUACCAUUCUAAAGUAAAUAGUUCUAAAUUGUUUUACAGUGCUAAAACGAAAGAUUCGUAUUCAAUUAUAGUAGCUAUUCGUAUUCUGACAAAUCAUAGAAAUCUUUUUUCGAGUAAAGUCACUCAUAGGAAAUACCAUUUCAUGCAUAUAAUAAUAUUACAUCACACCCUUUAAAUUUUAAAUGUAGUUUUCAUAAUAAAUGUUCGCUAGCCAUACGGAUUAUUACAUUUAUCGUCACGUGUGUAAUUAUAUUGCAGUAUAUUGUAUCGUAAGGUGUUUAUAAUAUUAUGUGUUGUAAAUAUAAUAUAUUAUUUAUAAGAUAGUGUUAUUGCAACUCAAAGUUUAUAAAAUGACCUUAAUUGAUAUAUUAUUAUAUAAUUUUAAAAAUAAAUAUAAACAAAACGUGAAAUUAGUCCAAAUGCAUUAUAAUAUUAAUAUUAUAUAUUGUGAUUUGUGUAGAUGUCUAUAAAUGUAAGUUAUAUAUUUCAUUGUAUUUUGAACGUUUUGUCGGUAUAUUUUAUUAUUUGAAAAAAAUGAUACAUAUAGGUAGCACCUAAUAUUAUUACUGUUUUAUUAUUAUUUUUAAUAUUAAUUUUAUUUUCCAUUA